UUUUACGUGUCGACCAAUCAGGUCACGGAAACGCUCAUGAGUCAUAUUUUAUGGCCAAUCAAAUUCCUGAAGACUAAUGCGGGUACCGCCUAUGUAGUAAAUCGACGGUUUUUUUUUUUUUUGCGCUAAUUUUGGAUAACUAUUCGGAUAAAAUGCGAUGUUUUUGACACUCGCCCGUUUCCUACGAGCUAUGAAGGACAGACACGUUGGCUAAGGUGGCAUAUUAUUUGUUGGACAUCGUAAGCGUGCCCAGUCUAUUGGAAGGAUGGAGACUCUAAUUCCCACCAUCAACCGGCUGCAGGAGGUCUUUCUCACAGUGGGUGCAGAAGUCAUACAGCUGCCUCAGAUAGUCGUGGUUGGAUCUCAGAGCAGUGGAAAGAGCUCUGUGUUGGAGAGUCUGGUUGGACGAGAUUUCUUGCCUCGGGGAUCGGGAAUAGUCACAAGACGACCCCUUGUGUUACAACUUAUUAAUAUUGCCCCUCUGCAGGAGAGACUGAAGAUCGAGAGUGGGAAUGGGGUAAAUCAAAAUGCCCAAAACAGCUACCCAGGUGUCAAAGCUGAAGAAUGGGGUACAUUCUUGCACUGCAAGAACCAGAUCUUCACAGAUUUUCAGGAAAUUCGUCGGGAAAUUGAAGCAGAGACUGAACGCAGCUCAGGUGACAACAAGGGGAUCAGUCCUGAGCCCAUAUAUUUGAAGAUUUUCUCACCCAAAGUCCUUAAUCUCACCCUGGUUGAUUUACCUGGAAUUACAAAGGUUCCUGUCGGGGAUCAGCCAGAGGACAUUGAGGCUCAAGUACAAGAGAUGAUCUUGUCCUUCAUCUCCAAUCCAAACUCCCUCAUCCUCGCAGUGUCCCCUGCCAACUCUGACUUGGCCACCUCUGAUGCACUGAAAUUGGCUCGUGAGGUUGAUCCAGAUGGUCGUCGAACACUGCUGGUGGUCAGUAAGCUGGACCUGAUGGAUGCAGGGACUGAUGCUCUGGAGGUCCUUCUGGGUCGAGUCAUUCCAGUCAAACUUGGGAUUAUCGGUGUGGUUAACAGGAGCCAGCAUGACAUCAAUACCCAGAAGAGCCUGGAGGACUCAAUGAGAGAUGAGCAGGCCUUCCUGCAGCGCCACUACCCCUCGCUCGCCUCCCGCGCUGGCUCACGCUAUCUGGCCAAAACUCUCAGCAGGCUGCUCAUGCACCACAUCCGGGACUGCCUUCCAGACCUCAAAACCCGAGUGACCGUGUUGAGUGCCCAGUACCAGACGCGGCUCAACAGCUAUGGCCAGCCAGUAGAAGACCACAGUGCCACCCUGCUGCAGAUUGUCACCAAGUUUGCCAGCGAUUACUGCAACACCAUCGAGGGAACAGCCAGAUACAUCCAGACCUCAGAGCUCUGUGGGGGUGCUCGAAUCUGUUACAUAUUCCAUGAGACCUUUGGCCGCACUUUGCAGUCCAUCGACCCGCUGGGAGGACUGACUGAGCUUGAUAUCCUCACUGCCAUCCGCAAUGCUACGGGUCCGCGGCCAGCACUUUUUGUGCCCGAGGUGUCCUUUGAGUUAUUGGUGAAGCGGCAAAUUAAGCGGCUAGAGGAGCCCAGUCUGCGCUGUGUAGAGCUGGUUCAUGAAGAGCUGCAGAGGAUCAUCCAGCACUGCUCCUCUUUUAGCACACAGGAGCUUCUGCGAUUCCCCAAACUGCACGAUUCCAUUGUGGAAGUGGUGACUGGAUUACUGAGGAAGCGCUUGCCGAUAACUAAUGAAAUGGUACACAAUUUAGUAGCAAUAGAGCUUGCCUACAUCAACACAAAACAUCCAGACUUCACGGAUGCAGCGCAGGUCUCAGCAUCUGUCAACAGUCAGCAGAUUUCUUGUUGUCAGGCAGAGGCCCUUGAUGGAGGGAAGCGCUGGAAGAACGAGAAGGUUGCGGAAGAGAAAGGCCCCGCUUCAGGCUUUGGCAGCCCCAGCAAAGGCCAGGCCAUUAACCUCCUGGACACAGCGGUGCCCAUAUCCCGCAAGCUGAGUGCGAGGGAGCAGAGGGACUGUGAGGUCAUCCAGCGCCUCAUCAAGUGCUAUUUCCUCAUUGUCCGCAAAAGCAUCCAAGACAGUGUGCCCAAGACAGUGAUGCACUUCCUGGUUAACUUUGUGAAAGAGCAUCUGCAGAGUGAGCUGGUGGGUCAGCUUUACAAGCAGCGACUGCUGCAGGAGCUGCUCAUUGAGUCACAGGACAUGGCACAGCAGCGGACCGAGGUUGCUCAAAUGCUUGAGGCGCUCAAAAAAGCCAGUAACAUCAUCUCUGAGAUCCGGGAGACCCAUCUGUGGUAGCCAGAGGAAACGAACAAUUCCCUUAUCAUAGGACAGCUUUGAGAGUAUGAUAGUGUGUGUGAGUUUACAGCACAGAGAGUAAUUGUGUGUGAGAGCGUGGGUGUUUGUCUAUGUGUGGCAGUACCACAGUUUUCUCAUGGACCAACGACCAUAGUACAUUUAGAUCUACUUUUUCCCGUCAGUUGUAAUCCUUACCAAUACACCGGGACCGUUGCUUUUCACUGUGAACGUUGUGUAGUGACGGAAAUGAAUUAAACACUCAGGCCGAAAGUGUUAUUGCAAAGUUGAAAUAAGAAAGACAAAGCUGUGAACAAAAUCUUUUUGCGUCUUUUUGUGACAAAAUGUUUGUUGGGUCAUAAGACUGUUGCUGUAAAUGUAAAAUGUAGAUUAUAUGUGGAGUAUUUAAGUUGUUCUCCAGGGUGUUUUUUGGAUCAAAAUGUGUUCACACUGUACAAUUCCACACUUUCCAGAAACUGGGCUUCCUCUGUGCCCCUUCAGCAGGUGCUAAAAUUAUGUUAGAUUAGAUGUGUUCCAACUUUAAUCCCCUUUGUUGGAGCAUUCACCAGAGAUGGAAAUGAAGUGAAAAUUCAACUGACUGCAAUGCAACACUGCAGACAGACCAUUGCCAUUUGCAGAAAUUACAGGAUGAAUGCAGAUUGUUUUUCCAGCUCGGUAAUGCUAAUCAAUAUCAGGUUUAUUUUCCAGAGUCAAAUUUACAUAUCAGCCCAUUUGUACUGUUAACUGUUGCACUGACCUUGUAGUGUUGUAUGUAAUCAUAAACACGGAGACAAUGUGUAUAUAUAAUAUACACAUACACAGAGGGUAGGACUGUAAUGUUCUGUAGCUUCUCUUUAUUUCCUUGAAACAAUUAUUCAUUGGUUUCUGCUGUUAAUAGUACGGAGAGAUAGGGAACUAUCUUAUUGUCCCUGACCAGUAGUAAGGAUAUUGCCCCAAGUAUAAGAGACUCAGUAUGUGGAUACCUCCUGCAUGCAUCUUAAGUUAGCCAGAGCCGUUUGCUUCUGUGCCAACAAUCAUUUCGUUGUGUAAUAUCGCUUGAUGUGAAAAAUUAUACAUCUUUUUCCAUCUGUUCCCGACUUAGGUUGUUGUUCAGGCAGAUUCCUCCCCCCAAGUGCUAUAGCGAUUAAUGUGAAUCGCUUCUCUUAGUCAAUACACAUAGUUAUCCUAAAAAUGUGGCUUUUUCAGGAAGACCUGCCUUAACAGGAUGAUCAAACAGCAACACUUCUUCUGUGUAAUCAGGGAGCGAACACAACAUCCUGUCAGUCUGUCUUUCUGAAAGCCCUGUGUAAGUUUGCAUGUGUGUGUUCAGUAUGCAUGUGUGGAAUUAUGAAUGGCUGCUUUAUGUAUAUUUUGUAUUAUUUAAAUGUAUAUUAUUAUCAUGUGUCAACUGCCUCUGAGUUCUUGCCUGCCAAUAUUUGUGAUACAUGUUUACUGAAUGAAGUCUGUUGAGAUUGGAGGGACUCAUUAAACCCUAACAAAGGA